AUGGAUUCGUUCACCUUUCGACAGCGGGGCCAUGCUAUUAAGGAAAAGACUCGAACUCGACUGACGGAUUGGGAUAGUUGGAAAUUGCCUAAGCAGAGUAGCAGUAUUGCCCCGGCUCAUAUAUGGACAAAUGCUGACCAAGACCCGGUCCCGGAAGAGAAACAGACCUGGACUAAGUGGGCGUUCAUUGGAUAUUGGUACUCUGACUUGGUGACUGUGUCGACAUGGACUGCGGCCAGCGCUAUAAUGACGACUGGCUUGACGGCUACUGACGCUGUUCUUAUUGUUCUUGUUGCAGCUAUAUGCAAUGCGAUCCCGACAGUCCUUAACGGUGCCAUCGGCGCUGACUUACACAUUCCGUUCCCUAUCGCCUGUCGAGCUAGCUAUGGCUACUGGCUAAGUUACUUCUGCGUUGUGACGAGAGCCAUCCUAGCACUCUUCUGGUUCGGCGUUCAGAGCGCCAACGGGGGGACCUGCGUGACGGCCAUCAUCACCGCCAUCUGGCCAAGUUACGCGAGACUCCCUAACAGACUACCCAAGUCGGCGGGUACCACGAGCCAGGGGCUACUGAGUUACUUCAUAUACUGGUGUAUCCAGUUCCCCUUACUCAUGAUCCCGUCGCAUAGGCUGCAGCAUUUGUUCUGGAUCAAGACGGUAUUAGUCACGCCGAUGGCACUGGCGAUGGUUAUCUGGAUCACGGUAGUAGCCGGUGGACAAGGCGAUUUCUUCUACGCACCAGCCACGGUGUCCGGGUCUACUCGAGCAUGGCUAUGGCUAUCGAAUCUAACCAGCGUAACAGGCGGCUACUCCACCCUCGCCGUAAACAUCCCCGACUUCUCGCGCUUCAGCAAGACGCGCGGCGCCCAGCUCUGGCAACUCCCCUUCAUCCCCAUCUUCAAAACGCUCGUCGGCGUCUUCGGCAUCAUCUCGGCCAGUGCCUCGAAAAAAGUAUACGGGACCGUGUACUGGUCCCCGCUGGAGAUCAUCGGCCAGUGGCAAGGCUCGCCCGGCGGGAGAGCAGCAGCGUUCUUUGCCGCGGCGAUCUGGCUGCUCGCGCAGGUUUCGGUGAAUAUCAGCGCGAACGGCAUCUCCUUCGCUAACGACGUCACGUCUCUCGCGCCGAAGUGGUUUAACAUCCGCCGCGGCGUGGUGCUCGUCUCGCUGCUGGGCGGCUGGGCUUUGUGUCCGUGGAUUAUCAUAUCAUCGGCUGCCGCGUUUUUGAACUUCAUGAGCGCGUAUGCGAUUUUCAUGGCGCCGAUUGCGGGUGUCCUGGUCUGUGAUUAUUGGGUUGUUAAGAAGCGCCGGUAUGACGUCCCGGCUCUGUAUGAUCCCGAUGGGAUUUAUCGGUACAAAUGGGGUGUGAACUGGCGCGCUCUGGUCCCGACGCUGGUUGUUAUUGUCCCGCUUCUUCCGCCUUUGGCGAAGAAGGUUACGCCGCAGAAUGUGGACAUUAGUCAGGGGCUCGUGAACUUGUUUACGUUUAACUGGUUGUAUGGGUUCUUCGUGUCGGUGGCUAUGUACUACGCUUUGAAUUACUUCUUCCCGGACGAGAAUACGUUGAUACCGAAUAUGGUUCCUGGAGUUGUUCCGGUUCUGCGCGCGGUUGACGCGGAUGUAGAAAGUGGUUCGGCUCAGGAUGAGAAGAUGAGGGGGGAGGGUGAAAGCAGCAGGCCUAGGUCUACUUCAGUCGAGGGUUAA